AUGAAGGUCGAUCUAGGGCUCAAGCGAGCCUACGAUCCACCCGCCGCCACAGACGGCAGCCGCAUCUUGGUCGAGCGCCUGUGGCCGCGCGGGGUCUCCAAGGAAAAGGCCCAGCUCGAUCUGUGGUUGAAAGAGAUCGCCCCGUCUUCAGAGCUACGCAAGUGGUACGACCACGACAGCGACAAAUGGAGUGAGUUCCAAGACCGCUAUCGCGCCGAGCUCGAGGGUCAGCCCGAUCUAGUCGAGACUUUGGUCGAGCACUUGAGAGAGGGGCGGGUGACGCUGAUCUACGCCGCUCGCGGCGAGCAGACCAGCGCGCAUUUGCUCAAGGAGUACGUCGAACAGCGGCUGACGAGCGGGCGUUGA